UGUUUUCGUCCGCAGGACUUGCACCUGCGCAAAAUCUCCGGAGAGAGAGAUAGAAAGAGAGAAGUUUGCAGGAUGGCAGAGCAGAGCGCGUCUUUAAAAACAAAACAUUUUCAGUCCCAACUACGCGGCGGCUGAACACGGUGGCUCAACGGCCCAGCUGGAAGGACUACUAGGCCGAAAACUAACGUAAAUAAUUGCCGACGACGGCGGUAAAGCGUACAGGGGUCAUUGCAUUUCGCAGUGUGGGUGUUGUGACAAUCGGCAUCGCCAGCUUCGCGUUCAUAUACGUACAUUCCGCCAGGAAUAAAAGGAGCAACAGCACCAACACAUACCUUUAUGGAGUAAGCCACCUUCGCUCUGGUGCAGGGAGUAGAAGCGUGCUUUUUGCAGCACUUUAGACCACGGAAAGCAAAUCCAAUUCAAAUGAACCGUGCAUCCAGGAGUGAGCAAAACCAACAUCUCGACUUCGAGGCACGCCAAUCGAUAAAUUCGAAGGAAGCGAAGUGGUAACCUCUGACGUCCUCCAAAUAAACGUUGUGAGGAUUUUCCCAACCGAGAAGCAGUCCUCCCCCAACUUUUCGUCCCCGACUCCAAAAGUAAUUGGAUCCUAUUUGAAGAAGAGCUAGCGUAGGGAGACUGGACGUCUUAAUCGACUUAAAUUCAACGCAUUGAUGUAGCACAAUGGGCGCAAACACAUCGAGCAGAUCCGACGCGAGUCUGCUCGCCGAUGACGAUGUAAAUUUUGACCAUUUCCAAAUACUUCGCGCCAUAGGAAAGGGCAGUUUUGGAAAGGUGUGCAUUGUCCAAAAGCGUGAUAGCGGCAUCCUGUACGCGAUGAAAUAUGUUAGUCGCUCUGCCUGCGAAAUGCGCGGAGCUCUCGGCGGCGUCAUUAAAGAGGUGGAACUGCUAUCGUCAUUGGAGCACCCGUUUCUCGUCAAUUUAUGGUUCUCGUUUCAGGAUGAGGAGGAUUUGUUUAUGGUUUGCGACCUGUUGACAGGCGGGGACUUAAGAUAUCAUUUACAGAACAGAGUUGAAUUCUCCGAGCAGAGUGUGGCCUUAUUAGUGUGCGAGCUCGGCAGUGCAUUGGAGUACUUGCAGGCGCAUCGAGUAGUUCACAGAGACAUCAAGCCCGACAAUAUUUUAUUGGACGAUACGGGACAUGCUCAUUUGACUGAUUUUAAUAUUGCAACGAGGUUGCAAAAAAAUUCCUUGGCCUGCAGUAUGUCAGGGACUAAGCCCUACAUGGCGCCGGAGGUGUUCCUGUGUGCUUUGGACGAAGUGGCUGGCUAUAGCUAUCCGGUAGACUGGUGGUCCCUUGGCGUCGUUGCUUAUGAAAUGCGGGGAAACAUUCGACCCUUUGUAGUUCACUCGAACAGCCCUCUGGCGGAGAUCAAGAAUAUAUUGAACACCCCAGUGCACUAUCCCCGCUACUGGAGCAGCAACUUUGUCGAUCUGUUGCAGAAGUUACUUUCCACUUAUCCGGGUGCCAGGAUCAGCACAAGGCAGGAGCUGCAUCAAACGCCGAUGCUGCGCAACAUUGACUUCCAGAUGGUGCUCGAAAAGAAGAUCAAACCCAUCUAUAAACCUCCCGAAGACCACCUUAACUGUGAUCCCUGCCUAGAGUUGGAGGAGAUGAUUGUGGAAUCACGGCCCUUGCAUAAAAAGAAAAAGCGCCUGGCCAAGCAGAGGUCAGCACAACGUGACAGCGAUCCCGAGACUGCGCUGGUCAAAGAGUUCAUUGCUUACAACCGCUACAAGGAGCUAAAGCGUAAAGCCAUGGAACAAAAGGAACACGACUGGCAGCGCGAACUGGAACUGGCCAUGGCCAACUCCAUCGUGAACAGCCUGGCUCCCAUCCAAGAGAAACCUGUCGCUUCCACUGUGCACGACGCCGACUGUGCGACCGCAUCAUCCACAGCCGCCCAGUUAAAGGGGGACAUCAUUGAGUUCAUUGAUCGCACUCCAUAACCGCAAAAUAAAGAACGCUUAACACGCUUAACAUUCCGACAAGACCGUUUUAAAAAUAAAAUCUAAGUAGCGGUUAAUAAGCAACAGGUUUCAAGGUGCCCAAAUAACCAGACCCGGUCUCAUGGGUCCUAGUUUUCGAACUCCUGAAUUUCAUUUUUUGUAUAUGUGCAUA